AUCCAACAAAUUGGAAAGAGAUAAUGAAGCAAUUUAUAAUUUUUGCACAUUUGAGUGAGUAGAAGUGGAAGCCAAAGAGUUAACAACUAGGACUAAGACUGCUACAAAUGAAAAACCCGACCCUGACGGCGACCCCGUUCUGCGUUUAGGUGUAUCAUCAUCCAUGGCAAGAGCUUCCGCUGGCACCGUCAACCCACACGGCCGUACCGGAGUUCGUAUUGUUGUCGCCGGUGACCGCGGCACCGGCAAAUCAAGCCUCAUCAUCACCGCCGCCGCUGAUAACUUCCCCGUCAAUGUGCCGCCGGUUUUGCCUCCCACCCGUCUGCCUGAUGAUCUCUACCCCGAACGCGUCCCCAUCACCAUCAUCGACACCUCUUCCCGUCCUGAGGAUGGUGAUAGGGUUGCUGAGGAAUUGCAGCGAGCUGACACAGUUGUCCUUACUUACGCGUGUGACCGGCCCGAGACACUUGAGAAUCUGAGUGAUUUUUGGCUUCCGCGUCUCCGCAAAUUAGAGGUAAAAGUUCCAGUUAUAGUGGUUGGCUGUAAGCUUGAUUUGAGAGAUGAAAACCAGCAAGUUAGCCUAGAACAGGUCAUGUCACCUAUAAUGCAACAGUUUCGAGAGAUUGAAACCUGCAUUGAGUGUUCAGCAUCUAGGCAUAUCCAGGUCCCAGAAGUUUUCUACUACGCACAAAAGGCUGUUCUUCAUCCAACAGCCCCAUUAUUUGAUCAGGAGUCACAGACUCUAAAGCCUCGAUGUGUGCGUGCUUUGAAGCGGAUUUUUAUCCUCUGUGACCAUGACAGAGAUGGUGCCCUUAGCGACGAUGAGCUGAAUGAUUUUCAGGUUAAAUGUUUCAACGCUCCUUUACAAGCAGCUGAAAUUACCGGUGUAAAGAAGGUUGUCCAAGAAAAAUUGACUGAAGGUGUGAAUGAUCGGGGACUUACUUUGACAGGGUUCUUAUUUCUUCAUGCCCUUUUCAUAGAAAAAGGGCGUCUUGAGACAACAUGGACUGUGCUCAGAAAAUUUGGAUAUAAUGAUGAUAUCAAGCUUGCUGAUGAUCUAAUUCCACCCUUGAAACGUGCUCCUGAUCAGAGUGUGGAGCUGACAAAUGAGGCGAUUGAUUUUUUGAAGACCAUUUUUGAUGCAUUUGAUGGUGAUGGUGAUGGGUUGUUGCGACCUCGUGAACUUGAAGAAUUAUUUUCUACUGCCCCAGAAAGUCCUUGGAUUGGAACUAUGUACGAGGAGGUUGCAGAAAAAAAUGCGUUUGGAGGACUAUCGCUUGAUGCAUUUUUAUCAGAGUGGGCACUUAUGACACUUCUGAAUCCAGCAUCUAGUGUUGAGAAUCUGAUAUACAUUGGUUACCCUGGUGAUCCAUCAUCUGCUAUCCGCGUGACUAGGAGGCGACGCUUAGAUCGCAAGAAGAAACAAUCAGAAAGAAACGUUUUGCAGUGCUUUGUUUUUGGGCCUAGACAGGCUGGAAAAUCUGCGAUAUUGAAUUCUUUUAUUGGAAGGCCUUAUUCGGAAAGUUACAGUCCUACCACUGAGGAACGUUAUGCUGUAAAUGCUGUUGAUAUUCCAAUGAUGGGAAAGAAAAAAUUUCUUGUGAUGAAAGAGAUUCCUGAAGGUGAAGUUAGAAAAUUGCUGGCCAAUAAGGAGUCUUUAGCCUCGUGUGACAUUGCAGUUUUUGUUCAUGACAGGUCUGACGAGUCAUCAUGGAAGGCAGCAACUGAACUGCUGGUGGAAAUUGCCGGUCAUGGAGAAGAUACUGGCUUUGAAGUGCCCUGCCUUAUAGUUGCAACUAAAGAUGAUCUGGAUUCAUUUACAUUGGCCAUAGAAGAGACAACUAGGGUUAGUCAGGAUAUGGGAGUAGAGGCUCCUAUACCAAUCAGUGUGAAGUUAGGGGAUUUCAACAGUCUAUUCCGCCGUAUUGUAACUGCUGCUGAGCACCCUCAUUUAAGCAUUCCAGAAACUGAAGCUGGAAGAACUCGCAAGCAUUACCACAGGCUUAUAAAUCGUUCUCUUAUGGUUGUUUCAGUCGGAGCUGCAGUUGCCGUGGUUGGGCUUGCAGCUUAUAGGGUAUAUUCUGCAAGGAAGAACACGUCUGGUUAAAAGAGUGAACAGAUAGAACAUCUACUACCUUGAUCUGAAUACAACAUGCUCCUGGCUUGCUAUGCCACCUUCAACAUUAAGUUGGCUUUUUUUAUGCCAUCUGUUGUAGAGUUUGCAAAUCAACUUCUUUUAAAAAAUGAAUUAGUUAGCAUAAAUACUAAAUUCAAAUGAUCGUAUUUAUUUCUUCUUUUUGCUAGUUAGGAGCUUUGUGAAGUUAUGGAUACAAUAAUGAGUUAUACUGUCAGGUCCAGUUAGAUUACUGGAAACUUGAAAAGAAUGAAAGCAUCCUCUCAGUAUUGAAGAUUGCAAUUAAGAUCC